UUGUUGUUUUGAAAUGAACUCUCGUCAUACGCGUGAUAUAACGAUAUAGCCCAAAUCCUGGCUGUCAAAAAUUGGCGUUUACCUGUUGUACACGAGAGAAGCGAGGUCAACAGGGUACCAGUUUACCUUCGCAUGAGAUAAGGAGUAAACAUGUGUAAUGGUGUAGGCCCAUAUGUCGCAUUUAUAACAUCUAUGAUUUUCUGUUGUUUAGAGACUGGUGGACAAACGAUAACAUUAUGUUCCAAUCCUGUUAAACAAAGUUCAUGCUUAAUAACAUGCAGUACACCAGAUACUACGCAAGAUGUUACAUUUUUCCGGGGGCCUUCAUUACAAGGAGGUUGCAUUUAUACAAGAGGACCCCCAAUUUGUCCUCCGGAUAUAUCUCAGAAAGGAACCGUUACUAUAUUCACCAUUUCAUCACUGUCCAAACCUGCAAAUGAAGGAGACUGGACGUGCAAAUAUGGAGCCCAGACUUCAACAGCUGAGACUCUGACAGUAUAUACUGAGCCAUCAGUAACAACCUUCAUAAACGGAUCAAGCACAACACCAGUACCAUGGACAGCAUUCAAGAUAGUAAACAUAUCAGCAAGAAGUUACUGUUUUUUCCCAUCAGUCAACUCAGCAAAUCUUCAAUACAGCGUUGGGAUAUUUGGAUCACUACAGCUAUUAACUACAAUUUCAGUAGUUGGAAUACAAGGCUCUAGUGUAGGAUGUGACGUUUAUGAAUUUGACUUACAAGCAAAUGCAACAGUAGACAUAGAAUCGUCAACAUAUGCAGAACUGUCUGGAAAAUCAAAUGUUUACUUCCAGAUCACAUUCACAAGUAACCUUGGGACUCAGUAUUCAACAGAUUUCAGACUUGGGCCAUAUGAUUUUGAAGGAUUGUUUUCUACGACUCCCUCCCCCUUUUUCCAGCGGAUACGGAGAAAAUGGAGGUUGAUCAUCUCAAUAUCGACCGGAAGACUUAUUCGUUGCUUGCAACGAUAUCGUGUCUAGUACUAUUAAGCGUCCAGUGUGGACCAAUUUUUGGUGGGAUGAUAACAUGAAUAAGAAAGACACGAGAAUUUGAGGAGAUACCGUGAAUUCUUCAAUCAAUGUACCAUUACAAGAUAUGUGAUUUGCAUUUAACUCAUUACGUUGUAUCUUCUUUACUAAUAAAUUCAAUAAAUGAUGAAAAUAA